ACGUCUUCUUCUUUUUUCUUUUUUCUUUUUUUUUUUUAAUUUUUUGUCUCUCUGUACCCAUAUCAAUCCCCUUCUGGUUUACCAUAUAAACCACUUCGAACAUCCAGAUCCAAACGGAUCAUCUUCUCCCACAGUCUCUGUCUCUGUCUCUGUUUAUAGGCAUGGCAGCCACGGCAGCAAGGCUUAUGCAUGCUGUUCAGUAUGAAGGUUAUGGUGGAGGCGCUGCUGGUUUGAAGCAUGUUGAAGUUCCAAUCCCCACUCCGAAAAAGGAUGAAAUUUUGCUAAAAUUGGAAGCUGCUAGUCUAAAUCCAGUUGAUUGGAAAAUUCAGAAAGGGAUGCUGCGGCCUCUUUAUCCUCGCAAGUUCCCUCACAUACCCGUUACUGAUGUGGCUGGCGAAGUCCUUGAAGUUGGACAAGGUGUCACAAAUUUCAAAGCAGGUGACAAAGUAGUAGCUCUUCUCAGCCAUGCUAGUGGAGGUGGACUUGCUGAAUUUGCUGUAGCUAGUGAGAGCUUGACUGUCAUUAGGCCACCAGAAGUUUCAGCACCUGAAGGUGCAGGCUUACCUGUUGCCGGUCUCACGGCUCACCAGGCUCUUACCCAAGUAGCUGAGGUUAAGCUCGAUGGAACUGGGAAGCAGACAAACAUUUUGAUUACUGCAGCCUCAGGUGGUGUGGGUCAGUAUGCAGUUCAACUAGCAAAGCUUGGAAAUACACAUGUUACUGCCACUUGUGGAGCUCGCAACAUUGAAUUAGUGAAGAGUUUAGGCGCUGAUGAGGUUCUUGACUACAGGACCCCUGAUGGGGCAGCUCUGAGGAGUCCAUCUGGUCGGAAAUAUGAUGCAGUUGUUCACUGUGUAACGGGCAUUCCUUGGUCGACUUUUGAGCCUAAUCUAAGUGAGAAGGGGAAGGUUAUUGAUAUUACUCCUGGCCCAAGUGCAUUGUUGACCUUUGCUCUGAAGAAACUCACCUUCUCCAAGAAGCAGCUUGUGCCACUGCUAAUGAGUGCUAAGAAAGGGAACCUGGAUUAUCUUGUUAAGUUAGUGAAGGAAGGAAAGCUGAAGACAGUGAUUGAUUCAAAGCAUCCUCUUAGCAAGGCUGAAGAUGCUUGGGCUAAGAGUAUUGAUGGCCAUGCCACUGGGAAGGUCAUUGUGGAGCCUUAGGUAGACAUAAUAUCUCGGAUUGUCAACUUUGUGUACUUAAAGAAGGGAAAAUUGAGUAUGGACUUUUGUUUAUAUGGAUUGGUGUUAUGUGAUGUACAGUGUGAUAUGCAUUAAGGCAUAUAAUGGCCUGUGAUGUAUAUAUACAAUAUGAUAUGCAGCAAGUCCUUUUUGAGGAAGGAGUCAAUAAUAUAUGAAGUUUAUGUUACUUUA